AUGUUUUAUUCAGCAGGAUUGCCAUUCACUUUAGCAAAGAACCCAUACUUUCAAGCAGCCUUCACUUUUGCUGCGGAUAAUAAUAUCAGAGGUUAUUUGCCACCAGGAUAUAACUCCUUUCGUACCACUCUUUUGCAGAAAGAGAAGGAAAAUAUUGAUAGGUUGUGUGCACCUAUUCGAGCUGGGUGGAAAGACAAGGGUGUUAGUAUUGUGAGUGAUGGAUGGAGUGAUUCACAAAGGAGGCCACUUAUUAAUUUCAUGGCAGUAUCUGAUGGUGAAGCUAUGUUUUUGAAAUCAGUUGAUUGUUCAGGAGAGACUAAGGAUAGGCAUUUUAUUAGGAUGUUGUUAAAAGAAGUAAUUCAAGAAGUUGGGAAUGAAAAAGUGGUUCAAGUAAUCACGGAUAAUGCUGCAAAUUGUAAGGGAGCAGGGCAUCUUAUUGAGCAAGAAUUUCCAUCUAUUACUUGGACACCAUGUGUUGUUCACACACUGAAUUUAGCUGUGAAAAAUAUUUGUGCUGCAAAAAAUGUGGAGAAUAAUCAAAUAGCAUAUGAGGAAUGUAGUUGGAUUUCUGAUAUUGUUGGAGAUGUUUCUGCAAUAAAGCACUUCAUAAUGAAUCAUUCUAUGAGACUGUCAAUGUUUAAUGAGUUUGUGGGAUUGAAGUUGCUUUCUAUAGCUGAAACCCGCUUUGCUUCCAUGAUUGUGAUGCUAAAGAGGUUCAAAUUGAUAAAAUGUGGUCUCCAAAAUAUGGUAAUCAGUGAAAAAUGGAGUUUGUAUAAAGAUGAUAAUCUAGGACGGGCAAGAAUGGUUAAAGAUAAGAUUCUGGAUGAUCUUUGGUGGGAUUCAAUUGAUUAUAUACUUGCUUUCACUGCUCCUAUUUAUAAUAUGAUCAGGAUUUGUGACACUGAUAAACCUUGUCCUCAUUUGAUUUAUGAUAUGUGGGAUGACAUGAUUGUAAAAGUGAAGAAAGCUAUAUACUUUCAUGAAUUGAAGAGGAUGGAUGAGACCUCAACUUUUUAUGAGGUGGUGCAUGGCAUUCUUGUGGAUCGUUGGACCAAACAUUCAACUCCACUUCAUUCUUUGGCACAUGCUUUGAAUCCCAAAUACUAUAGUGAACAAUGGCUUAAUGAAGAUACUAGUCGAGUUCCUCCACACCAGGAUUUAGAGAUUAAUCAAGAAAGACAAAAAUGCUUAAAGAGAUACUUUCCUAACUUGGAGGACCGAAAUAAAAUAAAUUUGGAGUAUGUGGAUUUUGCUAGUAUGAGUGGAGGUUUUAGAGAUUAUGAUGCCAUGCAAAAUCGAUAUUCUAUGGAGCCCAAAGCUUGGUGGGUGCUUCAUGGUGCUUGUUCACCUAUGCUUCAAAAGAUAGCAUUGCGACUUGUUGCACAACCUUCUUCUUCAUCCUGUGCUGAACGUAAUUGGAGUACUUAUUCUUUUGUACAUUCUGUAAGAAGGAAUAAGAUGACUCCAAAACGUGCUGAAGACUUGGUUUAUAUACAUAGCAACCUUAGGCUCUUAUCAAGAAAGACUUCACAAUAUACACAAGGGAAUAAUAGAAUGUGGGACAUUGCUGGAGAUACAUUUGAUACAUUUGAAGAUGUUGGAAUUCUUGAAGUUGCUACUCUUUCACUUGAUGAGCCAGAGAUGGAGUCAAAUGUUAUUCUAGAUGAAAAUGUUCCAUGA